AUGACAGUUUGCAUUUUCUGGUAUUGGAGAAUAUUGGGCAACAACUUGAUCCAUAACGGGGCCAUCCAGGAAGUCUCCGAAUUCCUUUGGCGGAAGCGCAAAGCUUUGCGAUGCGAUCGUCAGCAUCUUUGUGGUGCGUGCAAGCGUCGCAAGCGCGAGUCCAUUUGCUCAUACGAGGCCCCUGCUGGUCCAUCCGUAUCAAGGAAAACCCGCAGGAAGCCCGUGACCACAUCGGCGUCAUCUGCGUUGAGUAACGGAGCAGGAUCUCCGGCUACACCGAGACGAAAAGGUGCCAACUCUUCAAUUUCGCAGCCCGAACAGACUAUAUCUGAAGUAGAAAUAUCACCUCCCGGUGUACACUGGGAAACUGUGCUUGAGCGCCCUGUGCCAGAGGAUGUUAGUGGCACACUAUCACCCCUUUCUAUAAGCCCUCGCAUCUCUCUCCAGGUGAUUGACUCGCUUCCGCCGAAGUCAUGUUGCGACUAUCUGGUUUCACACCUUUUUAAAUAUUUCUUCGCAUUCUUUCCUACUCUUCAUGGUCCAACUUUCCAGAAACAGUAUACGGCGUUCAUGCAACGCCCUCAAGAUGUCGACUUACCUUGGCUAGCUGUGCUUUUCGCUUUAUGUUCUUUGUCUCUGAACACUCUAGAUGAAAGUGACCCCAGGCUAAAGCGCGUCUGGUCUCAGCUGCCUUCGAGUAUCACACAAGCUGCAAGCACGGUUCCUAUCACGGUUUCUGUGUCUCGCCGUCUGCUUCGGACUGCAAUAACCUGCCUUCUGCAGGGCGAUUUCUUGAUGAGGCACACAAUCAGCACCUUCGAGGCUCUAUUAAUGGUGGUAUACAGUCUCUUUCACAAUGAAUCUUUCGACCAAGGCUGGGCCCUGUUGGGAAUGACAUUGAAUAUUGGCAUUGCGGAAUGCUUUCCCGAAAUUUCGAUAUGUCAUACCUUCUCAGCAUUCAAGAUCCCUUUACCUGCCGAUGGCAUUGUGCAGAAAUCUUUCAUGAUGGCCAAGCUUCGACUGUUCCGGCUUUCCACUCAGAUCUGUCGUCAUACUUCGGGGUCUUCACGUCUCGACCAGCAGGCCUUGCCGGUGGAGCAAGAACGGUGGGAUGCGGCCUAUAUGGUUGAUGGCUCUCCCAAUAUUUUGGGUUCUAAUCGUUACGCCUAUUGGUGCGUCUUACAGACGUACGCGCAUCAUCUCUAUCUUCUGCUACAGCGGCCGUUUCACCUUUCCAAAGCAUCUUGCUUUUUUGCAAUCUCCAGAGAAAGACAACUCUACGAAGCUCCAAUCCUUCGAAACUACUUCUGGUUGCUUAGUGGGGUGAUGACCGUGGCCCUGAAUUCGUGUCUCCAAGACGACACGGAACAUAAAUUAGAAUCUUUUCGAGAAGAGAUUGAGAUCCAAGCAGGGGCAGGCGAACCACCAGCAGGGAGCUCAGAGACCCCGUUCCAAAAUCUAUCUGAAGAUUUGAAAAAUAUCCGAGAAUGGAUGGAUGCAGAUCUGGUCGAUUGGAAUAUGGAUGGACAAUUCAAUGUAUUUGCACCAUAA